AUGCAGACCUCGGAGACUGUCGAUGGCGAUGGACUGGAUAAAAAGACUGCGACUGGACCAGGACAGUUGUUUAUGAAGCCUGCCUCCAUGCUCGUUUCCAAGUUGAAGGAGUUGAAAACAGCAUUUUCAUUCAUCCGCCUUCUUUUUUCAUUGAAUUACACCAAGUUUGAUGUCUUACUCGUUACAGUGGGAACAUUCUUCGCCAUUGCCGCAGGCGUCCCUGAGCCGUUACUUGGUAUCGUGCUUGGUCAACUCAUCAACGAACUCAACGAAGUCUCCUGUUCCGCGACGGUGUACGAUCCCUCCUCCGUUCGAAAGAAAGUCCUCUAUCUCAUUUACAUCACCAUCUUCAACUUUGCGGCCAUCUACAUUUAUGCCGCAUGCUGGGCUCUUGUGAGCGAGCGAAUCGCCCGUCGUUAUCGCAAAGCUUACUUUCGCAGCGUGAUUCGUCAAGAAGCAGCAUUCCACGAUAGUCUGCCCUCUGGUCAGGUCAUCUCUCGACUGGUCAGUGAUAUUGAGACAUUGCAAUCGGGAACUUCAGAAAAGGUUGGAAUCUACAUUGCUACGCUAUCAUACUUCGUCACAGCGUAUGUUGUGGCUUUCAUCAAAGUUCCUAUCAUUGCAGGCAUCCUGAUUGCGGUGAUUCCAUGCUUCUUUGCCAUGGCUCUUGUUGGAGGCCGCCUUGCUUCACGAUAUGGUACCCGUGUGGGCAAGCAGGUAGACCUCGCAACUUCAAUUGCAUCAUCCAGUCUCUCUCACUUGAAGAUUGUACAUGCAUUCAAUGCCCAAAAACGCCUAGAAGACCUCUUUUCUUCUCAUCUUAUUCAGUCUCGAAAGGACGCGUUGAAAAAAGCGGCUGUGCAUGCCACGCAAAUGGGGACGCUAUUCUUUAUAGUCUACUCUUCAAAUGCCUUGGCCUACUGGAAAGGUGCUCAUUUGAUAGCAGACUCUGUCGAUGGGUUGAACUCCGGAGUCUCCAUUGGCGCAGUUUAUACUGUGAUCUUUAUUCUGAUUGAUGCCACCUUCAUCUUCAGCCAAGUUUCCCCUUAUAUGCACGUUUUUAGCGCUGCUACCAGCGCAUCGAGGCGUCUGCUGGAGGUAAUUCACCGGGAUUCCAGUAUAGAUGGCACAUCACUUAUUGGAGAGACAAGUGUGAACUUGAGCGAACAAGAGAUUAUCUUCAAGGAUGUUCAUUUCACAUACCCUGCUCGGGCGGAGGUUCCAGUCUUGCAGGGGUUGAACUUGUCCAUCCCUCCAAAGAAACACACCGCGUUUGUCGGUCCAUCGGGAGGUGGAAAGUCUACCGUCGUUGCACUCCUGGAACGAUUCUAUGAUCCAUUAAGCGGAACCAUUUCGGUCGGGGAACAAGAUUUCCAAGACUUGAAUGUGGCCAGCUUGCGAAGCCAAAUGGGAUUUGUACAGCAAGAGUCCCAAUUGCUGGACCGUUCCAUUGUGGAAAACAUCGCGUAUGGGCUGGUUGGAUCUGCCGAGCACGAGGAUCUGACUGAAGUCAUUUUGGAUAUGCGCUUGGCUGAUAUUGUGGCCAGAAUCCAGGCUGGAUGCUCUGAAGCGGAGGCCCUGGAAGAUUGUGAUCCUAGGAUCGCUGAAAUUUUCAGACAGGUAAAGUUGGCAGCUAGCAGAGCCAAUGCGCUCUCAUUUAUUGAGUCUCUAGCGUUUGGUGUAGCUAGUCCAGUUGGAACUUCUGGCGGCCAACUCAGUGGUGGUCAAAGACAGCGCAUUGCUCUUGCUACAGCUCUUGUUCGUGAGCCCAAAGUGCUUAUUUUGGAUGAAGCAACUGCUGCACUCGAUUCAAUGAGUGAGCAGUUGAUCCAGGCUGCCUUGCUCACACUGUCUGGAACGACCACGAUAGUGUCUAUUGCCCAUCGUCUAGCAGCCGUUAGGGAUGCAGAUCAAGUCAUCGUCAUCCAGAAUGGCCGAGCGGUGGAAAGCGGUUCUCCUCAAACUUUGUUGGAGAGUGGCGGGGCGUACGCGACAAUGAUCAGUCAACAGAGGCUUGCCAAUUCUGGGAUGGAUAGCUCAGAAGAUACAUUGAGCGAGGCCAAAAGCUCUCUCACUUUGAACAGAGAAGGCCCGAUCUUGGCGGAAAAAGGGCAGAGUGUCUAUAUGGCUGAAGAGGAAAAGCCCGCUGAGACCAAUGCAGAGUCCAAUACUGCACUGGCAAAAGAAGAACCCAAGCCAUCAAAGUUCCUCACGGCAAAGAUAUGUUUCGCCUUCAUCCGUCCCAAUAUUCUUCUUAUCCUUCUGGGCUUGGUAAUGUCAAUAAUCAUCGGAGCUAGCUACAGCUCGAAUGCAAUUUUGUUUGGUAAUACCGUGGGAGGGCUCAGUCCAUGCAAGGGUACCGCAAAUAUUCGACACAGCGGAAACCUGUUCGGCCUCAUGUUUUUUGUCGUGGGAAUUGUCGAACUUUUCGCGAAUGUCAUUGGCGGGUGUGCCUAUGGAUGGGCAGCUGACCAGACACUGUAUCGAAUUCGCAUGAACUCACUUCGGUCGCUCCUUAGUCAAACUAUGACAUGGCAUAGUGCUGAAGGACGAAGCCCUGGUGUCCUCAUUGCCUAUAUCACAGGUGAUGCAUCGGCCAUUAGUGGCCUUACUGGAACUACUAUCGGUCUUCUCCUUGCGACUGCGGUGAAUCUUUUUGCGGGAGUCAUCAUUGCAUUUAUCGUGGCAUGGAAAAUCUCAAUUGUUCUGGUCCCCACUAUACCUGUUCUCCUAGUGGCUGGAUUCAUGAAGUUACGGGUUCAGGGCCAAUUUGCAGAGCGACAUAAGAAAGCAUUCUCUCGCGCUACAGAGAUCACAGUGGAAGCCUUGGGAAAUCUGCGUUUCGUCGCAGGUUUCUCACUCGAGAAUCAGCUCUAUCGGGAGUUCUUGUCAUCGAUUCAGAAGCCAUACAAAAACACCACUAAGGCGAUCGCUUGGGGAAACUUCUGGCUCGCGUGGGCCUUCAGUGUGAGCAAUCUCAUCAGCGCCCUUGCAUACUGGUGGGGAUCCAAGCAAAUUGCCUCAGGGCUUUACUCCCAAACCCAGUUUUUUAUUGUCUUGCCAGCUCUUCUAUUCAGCACACAAUCCUGUGGUCAGAUGCUUGCCUUGGCACCAGAUGUUUCGAAGGCUGGAAAGGCUGCUUCACGUGUUGUUGAUCUUGUGAAAACAAACUCUGCCGAGGAGGAAUUUAGUGGUGGCAAUUACACGCAGAAAAUGAUGAAGAUGGAAAUGCCAGAUACAGAUCCUGAGGCCAACAUGUCUUCUGGGGCAACCUCUUCUGAAAAGUCUCAGGGACCAGUGGGUGCACAGCUUCACGAAGUGUGCUUUUCAUACCCAAAAUCAUCUCACAUCCCCGUUCUCAGUGGAUUGAACAUCGAUUUCAAGCCAGGAAACUUCUACGCACUAGUGGGCCCAAGUGGCUCAGGGAAAUCAACCAUCUUCAACAUGCUGGAAAGGUUCUAUCAACCCACGUCCGGGUCUGUUACAAUCAAUGAGCAGAACAUCAACCGUAUAUUGUCGACAGCAUUCAGGGACGACAUUGCGCUUGUUCCACAAGAGAAUGUUUUAUUUGAGGGAACCCUCGCCUUUAACAUAGCACUCGGGGCAAGACCCGGAUAUACAGCCACACAAGCAGACAUUGAGGAAGCUUGUAAGCUAGCUCAGAUCCAUGAUGUGAUUAUGACCUUGCCUGAUGGCUACGAGACAUUCUGCACCCACGAUGGAAAGCAGUUUUCAGGUGGUCAACGCCAGCGUCUAUCUAUUGCAAGAGCCUUGAUUAGAAAGCCAGGCCUCUUACUUCUUGAUGAGUCUACGAGUGCUCUCGAUGGUGAAUCUGAACGAAAGAUUCAGGAUGCUUUGUCAAACCUCGCGGGAAAAACUACGAUUAUCGCUAUUGCUCAUCGCUUGAAGACGAUCUAUCGGGCGGAUCAGAUUUUCCUUAUUCAGGAUGGUCAUUGUGCUGACCACGGCACCCACGCGGAGCUUGUUGAGCGGAGUGAGAUGUAUCGGGAGAGUGUUUUGCAUCAGUCACUAGCCACCUGA